UUGAUUGAUUUUUCUCAUAUUUUUAAGAGUAAAAAGAGUUAUAACAAUUAAUUAAGCUUAUAAAAGAUCAACAAUGGCGUCGGUAGCAAUGGGUCUUCCUGUUCCUACUUCACCUACAAAGAAGAAUAGAAUUCAAGUAUCUAACACCAAAAAGCCUCUCUUUUUCUACGUGAAUCUUGCUAAGAGGUACAUUCAACAACAUAAUGAGGUCGAACUUUCUGCAUUGGGCAUGGCAAUUACAACAGUUGUCACCAUUGCUGAGAUUUUGAAGAAUAAUGGAUUUGCUUUUCAAAAGAAAGUUUGCACGUCUACCAUUGGCAUGAAAGAUGAAAACAAAGGUCGAAUGGUUCAAAAAGCCAAGAUUGAAAUUGUGUUAGAGAAGACAGAAAAAUUUGACUCAUUAAUGUCUCCAACCUAUAAGCAUAGCAAUGACAAAAGCAUUGAAAAUGGUAAGACUACCAACACAACUCAAGCUCCUUGCAUAGAAAAAAAGGAAGAAGGAAAAUAAUAUUGACAUAGCCAAAAGUCAAUCAUGGCUCUAAUUAUAAAAAAAUUAUAGUUACCACUAGAUUUAAUAAAGGUAUAUUCUUUAAUAAAAACCAAUAAUAAUG